CACCGGCAGCCAAACCAAGCAAGCAAGCAAACUCCCAUCUCCAUCUUUUCUACUUCUCCUAUCUCUUUACAGUCUCUCUCUCUCUCUCUCUCUAUCUGCAGAAAUGGUGUAGCCAGUUCUUCUUCCUGCUGUCUCUUGGUUCCUCUCUUUUCUGUGUGCACAAACUCGUGUAGUCUUGUGCACGAUCUCAAGCUCUCGACUCGAUCUCGCCGCCUUCUUCUUGAUAUCUGAAUCCCCUCUGUUCUUUCUCUCUCUCUUGUUCAUGUCCUGGUUGGUGGUUCUUGCCUGAUAGCAAUCGUAGAAUAGCUCAGCUAGCUAGUCUCUGAAGAUCUCUUUGCUGCAAACUGAAACCCUCUUAUUAAUCCCGGAGGAAAAGGCUUGUCGAGGGAAGUUUUCGGAUUGCCAGACAUCAUAACAGUUACCAACUUAAACAUCACCACCACCUCAUCCCCUGUUUGUUUGGUUCGCCUGGAUGGGAAGGCCGAGGGGUGGGAAAGGCAGGAAAUCCACCGAAGCUGCGAAAGCCGACGAUGGCAGCAGCAGCGGCGGCGGCGGCGAGGAGGUGAUCCCGGCGUACAAGAGGAGGGGAAGGCCACAACAACAGAAGCAUCACCACCUCAAGGACGACCACGCCGCCGGCGACGACGAGGACGAAGACGACGACAGCGUCGCCAAGACCGAGGAGGAGGAGGAGGAGGAAGAACACGACGACAUCGCCAAGAUCGACGACGACGCCGCGAAGACGACGGCGGCGGCGGCGGCGGCGCCACAAGCCAGCAAGGCGGGGUCGUCCAAGGCCGCAGCUCAGAACCCGGGGAGGAAGAGGCGGCGGCAGCUGAAGCGCGGCUCCGACAACAGCAACAGCAACAGCGCCUCCGCCAUUGAGCGGCGCCGGAGGAAGGACGGCGGCGAGCCGUCGUCGUCGCGGCAGCAGAACGGGUUCCGGCAACACGGGAGCCGGCGGAAGAACUCCACGCCGCGGAGAGCCGCCGAGGCCGGAGUGGGGUGCAAGUGAUGGAAGUUUCUGAAAUCUUUGAUCGGUGAUCACCAUUUGUUACAUGUAGAUGAAGUUGUCCAUGGUGACAUCUCUGCAUUAGCGCACACCAACAUGCUAGUACUAUGUAUGUAUGGCUUGUGAGAAUGUGUGCGAAUGAUAAGCUGCCUAAUGGCAGUAGGUAGUUAUAUAUAUUAUAGCACCUAGUUUGUUUACUAGCGGUUUAGCCUAAAAUUCAGUAGCUUAGUCCUAGUGUUUAAGAUUUUUUGACAGUAUGAAUUAAAGAGACUUUGAUGUCAGACAAUACUAUAUUAAAUGGUAAGUACUAGUGUACUCCCUC